UCUGCCUACGUCGAGCUCCACAAGUUGCAAGGCGGACAUAGCGACACCAUCAACUGCGUCGCUUUCUCACCCAAUGGUGCAUAUCUGGCAAGUGGCGGGGACGAUUACGCUCUUGUCAUCUGGAAUGUCUCGCAAGGGCGUCAGCUCUACCGCACUCUAUUUAGAAGCAGCGUGGACUAUAUCAUAUGGCAUCCUACCCUUCCUGACACCGUCAUCAUCGGCUGCUCCAACGGGACUUUGCAGCAAUUCCACGAAUUUUCUCUGAAUAACAGCGAGCAGCACGAUAUCAACCUCGGUGCAAGGAGUACCAUUCAUUACCUCGAUUACGAUGCGAACUCGGGAAGGCUAGCGGUCAGUAUGGGCGAAGAGGUGCAUGUGACGAGGGAGAAGAGACCCAAUUACUACGUUGGCGACGUUGUCCUGCCUUCUCCUCCAGCGCCUGAGGGUAUGGAAGAUGAAGAUCCGCGGUUGCGUGCUAUCGCCUUGCGAUUCCACGAUGACGGCGCGGCUCUGGUGGUCUCUUACCUCGCUCACGGAAUAAGCUGCUGGGAUACGGAAACUCAGCAAUCUCGAUGGCACAUACCGAUGCCGGACGUCAGACCGAACAUGCAGGUAAUUCGAGCUCUAUGCGGAAUUUCUCCUGACGCGUAUCUGCUCAGCGGAGGCGCCGCAAUCAGCCCUCACCACCGAUACAUCACGGUGUACAACGUCAAGGACGGCCUCGAUCUUUACGCCCUUGGUCCGCAGAAAAAGGCGAAAGCGAAGAGGUCUUACAAGUUCGACAAACCGCCACGCUCGAAGCACUUGCUGCAAGUCAAGUACGUUCACAGGGGGCACGGUAUCAUUUCCGGGUCGACGUCCGGUCAGGUCUCUAUCUGGGAGACUACGACUGGUGAGGUAUGCCAAAAACUCGAGCACGGCGGUGAGCGGCGGACUUGUAUCAGACCCAUACUGUUCUCACACAAACUCAGUUACGUUGCUACGGGUACUGCCGCUUGCGGUCAAAACACGUACAUCAAGAUCUGGAGGGCCAGGAUA